AUGAUUCGCAAGCGGAAGUGGAUGUUGCUGGCGUUGCUGAGCUUUUCGGUACUGAUGACCUCCUCAAACGCUGGGUUCGCGCGUACCCGCCGGAAAGUGUGCAACUAUUACGAGUGGAAGUGCACCAGUGGCCAAUGCAUCGAGUCCCACCAACACUGUGACGGUGUGCUUGACUGUAAGGAUGGUUCGGACGAAACGUCAACCAGCUGUGCCUUCAUCCGGUGUCCUAGCUACGCCUUCCGGUGUCAGUAUGGGGCGUGUGUUGAUGGCACGGCGCUGUGUAAUGGCGUCCGCGAGUGUGCUGACCAUUCGGAUGAACACGUGCACUGUCCGGGGAACACCGGAACGUUGCUUGCGACUCACGGGAACUGCUCCAACACCGAGUUCUCGUGCCAUUCGGGUGUGUGCAUCCCAGCAGAUCAGGUGUGCGAUGGCAAGGAAAACUGCCAGGAUGGUACCGAUGAAGCGCAAUCCUUGUGCAGUCUCGUGUUCUGUCCUUCGUUCUCAUUCCGCUGCAGUUACGGUGCGUGCAUCGGCGGGUACUCGAAGUGUGAUGGUGUGAUUGACUGCCGGGAUGGGUCCGAUGAGGAUGAGCUGUUGUGUGGCCGACCGUUUCCUUCAACGACUCCACGACCGGCCACGGUGAUGAUCUCGACAUCCACAACGACGUCCACUACAACUCAGAGACCUGUCACAGGGUCACCGGGCUCGUGUUUGGUUCCAGGGGUGCCCAAAAAUGGACGUAUCGUGCUGGACGAGAGCGCCCUACACGUGUCAAUUCUGCCCGGCGAGUUCAUCGAGAAUUACAACUCCGUGCAUGUGGUGUGUAACGAAAAGUACACGUUGAAAGGCACUGCCACCAUCGUGUGUCUUGAUGGCGAGUGGAUGGAACCGUUCCCGGUGUGCGAAAAGUACUGCUCCGAAAUCCCCAUCAACGGCAUCACAAUCGAGCCAUUCUGCGAGUACCAACGCAGACAGAUCACAUGCAAACGGCCUCUUCCCCCGACGACGAAGGUACGCAUCGGAUGCCGGGUUGGAUACCAGAAACCCCUGGAACCGGUGAACGAAACGCUAACCUGCGUCGAAGGCUCUUGGGACAGUGCCGUGUUCCGGUGCGAACCCGUCUGCGGAACACCGACACCCGAUGCCGAGGCAUACAUCAUCGGUGGCCGGAACAUUUCGAUCGCUGAAGUACCCUGGCAUGUAGCGAUCUACAAGAACCUGAACGAGGGCACGCUGACGGACAUACGAUCACCCGACUGGCAGUACGUUUGCGGUGGCUCGAUCCUUACAGAGCGGUUGAUCGUGACGGCAGCACACUGCUUCUGGGCGACGGAAGGCUUCUUCGACAAACGUCACUUCCGGGCCGUGGUUGGAAAGUACCGACGAGACAUUGCCGCGAUCGAGGCGCUUCCGGCGCAACACUUCCAGAUCCAGGAGAUACUGCACCAACCCCAGUACCAGGACUUCUCGGGGUACUACAAUCUCGACAUCGCGAUCGUCGUGCUGAGUGAUUUCAUCGCGUUCCGCACGUACAUCCGGCCGAUUUGUCUGGAGCGGAAUCUGCGCACUGAGAGUGAAAAGCGCAUCCGACCGAACAGUGUGGGACGGGUGGCUGGUUGGGGGUUCACCACGAGCACGGGUGAGCUGAGUGGAGUGUUGAAGGUGAUCGACAUCCCGACGGUUGAUUACGUGACGUGCCGGGAGUUUUCACCCGUCGCCUAUCGACCGUUCCUGACGGGGGACAAAUUUUGUGCCGGUAAUCCAUCGACCGGGACGGGCGUUUGUCAAGGUGACAGUGGGGGUGGGUUUGCGUUGCCCAAGGACACCAACGGGGACACCGUGUACUACCUUUAUGGCGUUGUCAGCUCAGCACCACGUGCCUCUACCGGCGGAUGUGACAACCACAAAUAUGUCGCGUUUACUGAGGUGCAAAACUACAUUCCCAUGAUACUGGACGCGGAGAGUCGAUAUCCGGUGAUAUAGCGA